AUGGAGAGCCCAAGGACGAAAAAAGCCCGUCUGAAUGCCGAAAGGCAAACGAGAUUGGAUGCGAGACAGGCGGCGAAGAAUAAAGAAGCAGCAGAACCCAAGGCAGGCGGAACGAAGCGCAAGGCCAAGGGCGAGGGCGGUAACAAGAAGAAGGCACCACGGCGUGGAAAGAACAAUCAAGCUGAAGAUCAAGCAGAGGAAGGGGACGGACGUGAAGAAGGACGGGAUAAUGGCCCGGGUGCUGCGGCUGAGCCUGCGAACAAUGACGAACAUCAGCCCGGAGAAGACGCAGCACAGAUUGAGGAUGACCCGGAAGAUCAGCCUACAGAGCAAGACGUUGCGGACAUGGUGGAGCCCUUAGGAGUAAUGUCACGCCAGGAAAAAGAAGCAGAUCUGGCCAGAAGUCGACUUGCUAUUCGUGAACAAUUGGCUGAGGGGUACAAUCUUGAGGACAAAGAUCACUUCUUGGACAGGUACAAUCUUGUCAGCGCUUGGUUCCGCCAUUUUGCUGCGGCUGGGCGAUACUUGCGUGUGCCAGAUCGCAGGCCGGCUCAAAGUGAGAUUCUCGCCCAUUUGGUUGCAAACAAUCCUAGGAAAGCCCACAUCAUGCGAAGUUUCAAUACCCGAAAGUCUUGGGCCACCCCACUGGCUAAGGAACAGAUUUACAUCCCUGAUCUGCCGGUUUAUGCGACUCAACAGCCUGUGGGCGCAUACCCACGUCAGCUAGACGAGAGUCUCGACAAUCUCAGAAAUACUCGCUGGGCCACUUUUACUCCCAGACAGAGGAGAAUGCACAUUGCCGUGCGUUGGGGCGAGUUGGAGACGGAUCUCUAUCUCGGAACGCAGAAUCCCAGUGCGGUCGUAGUGGCAAUGAUGAAGCAACACUAUAAAUGGGCCAGGCACCUAGCCGCUUCCGGACUGUACCACAGAAAGCCCCCUGUUUUCUAUGGCGACGAUCAGGAUCUCGAUGAGUAUAUGGCAACCCUUCGCAAUGUAAUGCACACGGGCAAGGGCGUCUUUUACUCAGCAUGGUUGGCAGCCGCCAAUAGUGUCGCGAAAUCGGGAGACUACGAAGAUCGACUCUUACAGAAGCGAAUUCAAUGUCUGGCUGGCGAUCAUACCCCUCUCGGCGAGGAUCCUCCCGUACAAUGCAGAUGCGAGUUGGACAAUGCCUCUGAUCGAGCCUGGAGGCUGGCGUGGAAAAUUGUGAACAGACAGAUGGCUGUUCGAAAUGCUUCCCGAGAAGAUCAAAUGCGUCUGACCGCUCUCGAAGAUAUGGCAGAGGAAGAUCGCGAGCUGUACAAUGAGUUGAUUUGGCCUCCACUGUGGCAGCCUGACGUGGAUCAUUUCGAUUAUCUGGCUCUACUGCAACAAGCUGUGUUCGAGGCUCGUCGGUCCUACAUUGUCCAGGCCUGGAAUGCAGCUAUCUUAGAAGCGAAAGACGCAGGCAAUGUUGAGGAUAUUCCGAGACUUCAGCAAAAUGCGAAGAAAGCCCAGACGCUGUACACCGACUACCGCUGCAGGUGGCGACCUCCGCGUGAUGAGCCGCCUCCCGCGGUCAACUGCGACUCCCAGGCCCAAGCAGAGGAAAUGGGCUUCGACGGCGGACGCAGCGGCAUCAGCGGGACUUGGAAGUACAAAGGCGAGCUUGGAAAAGGCGCGUGGGGUCUCGUCAGCAUUUGGGUGAAGUUUGAUGCGGAUGACCGUCCCGUUGACAGAGUUGCCAUCAAGAAAGUCGACCUUGGACCCAAGCCAGAUAUUGGCGGCAAGCCAACUGAAGACCGGUGGGACGAGUCAUGGAACUGGCUCGGCGACCCGAAGAGGCGUAUACCAAUUGACUACGGAUUGGUGAAGCCGCUGAAUGAUCUUCCUGAUUCGGAGAAUGUGGUUCGAGUCGUUGGAUACGGCGUCUAUGAUAUGCGCCGCACUAUUCAGAUCUACCUGGAGUACUGCGAGCACGGGGAUCUCGCCAAGCUCGUGCAGCAGUACGAAGAGCGUAGAAACGACCCCAUCCACGCAGGCCGAAACGAUCGUAUCCCUAUCAGGUAUCUCUGGUCCAUCUUCGAAGCUCUGGUUUCCGCAGCUUGCUUGAUGAACCACGGCCAAUUGCCCGAUGGUCCACCAGCUCCCGCCACGGCUGGCUGGCAGGCUCUGAUCCAUCGGGACAUCAAGCCCGCCAACAUCUUCUUUGCCAAGCCCCACGCUACAAAGUGGCCCGGCAUUCCCACCGCCAAACUCGGCGACUUCGGCCUGGGUGCCUUGCAAAGCGACCCAAAUUCAGCCAGGCCUGGCGUCGGAAGCGAAGGCUUCCAAGCGCCCGAGCAAUAUUUCUACGCGGCCGAGGAUCCACCACGCCCUGACCUCGAUGGGAAAGCCGUCUCCCACAAAAGCGACAUCUGGGCGAUAGCCAAGAACAUGAUGAACCUCAUCAACCUCCAAUGGUGGCUCAUUUGGGGCAAGUACAGCGAAAAUUGGGAGCCGGAGCAGUUUCGCCGGUGGCGCAUUUGGGGAUGGAUACAAGAUGGUUGA